AUGGUGACGACGUCCCAGCGCUCGGUUCAGUGCAACCGGUCCUUCAUCACGUACCCGACAAAGGACCGGCUGUAUGGUCUGUGCUGGCGACCGGACGCUGUUUCUUUGCGGAUCGCAGCCUCCACCUUCAUCCCCGGCGAAUACGCCAACAAGAUUGAGAUCUUCCACCCCACGGCCAACAAAACAGAGGUAGUUUCCGCAUUGGAGAUCGAUCACCCGUAUCCGCCGUCCAAAAUUAUGUGGUCCCCGGCUUCGCUUGGGGCGCACGUGGAGCUGCUAGCGACAACUGCCGACUUCUUGCGACUCUGGAGGAUAUCAGACUCGUCCAUUGAGCUGCAAUCAAGAUUCACCGAGCGCAAAAACAUCAAUGAUGCUUGUGCACCGCUCACCAGCUUCGAUUGGAAUGAAGUGGACCCUAACGUUAUCGGCACUGCUAGCACAGGAAAUACCUGCACCAUCUGGGACAUCAAUCAACCGACGUCUCCGAAGCACCAGAUUGUUGCCCAUGACACGGAGGUGUACGACAUCGCGUUUUCAAGUAGCGAUCCUGACAAGUUCGCUUCUGUGGGCGGUGAUGGAUCACUGCGUUUAUUCGAUUUGAGAUCCUUGGCUUCAAGUACGAUUCUAUUCAGAACGACGGACGAAUCCGCUUUGCUCAGGUUAGCUUGGAACAAGCGGGAUGAUCGGUUCAUUGCGACUUUUGCUGCCGAUAGCGCCAAGAUCUCGAUAAUCGACCGCCGUCGCCCCGUUGACCCGAUGGUCGUACUGGAUCACCACACAGAGAGUGUCAACUCGAUGUCGUGGUCGCCUCAUUCAAGAUACGACCUAUGUAGUGCUGGCGAAGACUGUGCUGCAAUUGUGUACGAUAUCUGUGCACAGAUGACGGGGUCGAAAGAACAUGUGAACUCCUGCUACACCCUGUUGAAGUCGGACGAGCCCAUCAACCAGAUCCGAUGGUCACCCACGGAACCGAACUCCAUUGCGAUGUGUGACGAGAAAGCAUUACACGUCGUUCAACUGUAG